GCGUCGGGCGCGCGCCGCCGGCGCCUGCGCACAAGGCCGGCGCGUCGGGCGGCUGGAGCGGUUCCCUCUCAGGCGGCGCCAUUUUGUGUCUAGAAGCCGAGCUCAGAAAAAAAAAAAAAUAAACAAGCCCCGGGCCGGUUCUGUGGGGGAAGUGGACAGCCGAGCCAGGGUUCCUGGAAUGGCGGAGACUCUGUCGGGCCUGGGAGAUUCGAGUGCGGCGGGGACGGCGGCUCUGAGUUCCGCGUCGUCGGAAACCGAGACGCGUCGCCUGAGCGACUUGCGGGUGAUCGACCUGCGGGCGGAGCUGAGGAAACGGAACCUGGAUUCGAGCGGCAACAAGAGCGUUCUCAUGGACCGGCUGAAGAAGGCCAUCGAGGAUGAAGGUGGGAAUCCGGACGAGAUUGAAAUCCCCUCGGAAGGAAAUAAGAAGGCUUCCAAGAGGUCUAGCAAAGGGAGGAAACCGGAAGAUGAGGGAGUGGAGGACAAUGGGCUCGAGGAGAAUUCUGGGGAUGGACAGGAGGAUGUGGAGACCAGCUUGGAGAACCUGCAGGACAUUGACAUGAUGGACAUCAGCGUGCUGGACGAGGCCGAGAUCGACAGUGGGAGCGUGGCGGACGGCAUGGAGGAGGACGACGCCGACCCCCUCCGGGAGGCCCUGUGUGACGGCAGAGAGCUGGCGGAGGCGGAGCUGCUGCCCGAGCCCGCUGUGGAGGACAAGGAGGUUGUAAACAAUGUGGAUACGUCAUCGUCUGACUUCACUAUAUUACAGGAAAUUGAAGAGCCAUCCCUGGAGCCAGAAAAUGAGAAAAUACUCGACAUUUUGGGGGAAACUUGUAAAUCUGAGCCAGUAAAAGAAGAAGGUUCCGAGCUGGAGCAGCCAUUUGCACAGGAAACAAGUAGCGUGGGGCCAGACAGGAAGCUUGCGGAGGAAGAGGACCUUUUUGACAGCGCUCAUGCUCAUGCUCAUCCGGAGGAGGAGGAGGAGGCAUUGGAGGAGGAGGAGGAGGAAGAGGGAGAUUUAGAUUUGGCCAGCGAGUCAACACGAGCUCAGUGGAGCGAGGCAGAGCCCCGGUUAGCCGCGGGGAGGGAGCCCGUGGAGCAGACAGGCGGAGGAGGCGCCAGGACGGACUGUGAGCCUGUAGGGCUAGCGAAGCCAGUUGGGCAGAGUAGCGCGGCGGCCGCCGAGCCCGCGGAGCCCUCUAGCCAGGAGGUCGCGGAGGCGCCCACGGAAGCCCCAAGCCCAGAGCCCAGAGAUAGCAAAGAAGACGUGAAGAAGUUUGCUUUUGAAGCUUGUAAUGAAGUCCCUCCGGCUCCUAACGAGUCCUCAACCAGUGAGGGCGCUGAUCAGAACAUGAGCUCUGUGCACGAGGACUCGGAAACGAAGCGGCUGUCCAGAGAGGAGAAGGGUCGCAGCAGUUGUGGCCGGAAUUUCUGGGUUAGCGGGCUGUCGUCUACGACCAGAGCUACAGACCUGAAGAACCUCUUCAGCAAGUACGGGAAGGUGGUGGGCGCCAAGGUGGUGACAAAUGCCCGGAGUCCUGGAGCCCGCUGCUACGGAUUUGUCACUAUGUCCACAGCAGAGGAGGCGACCAAGUGUGUCAACCACCUGCACAAAACAGAGCUUCAUGGGAAGAUGAUCUCCGUGGAGAAGGCCAAAAAUGAACCCACUGGGAAGAAAACCUCUGACAAAAGGGACAGUGAGGGGAAGAAGGAGAAGUCGAGCAACAGUGACAGGGCUGCCAAUGUGCGGAGGGACGAGAAAGCCGACAGGAAGGAGGAGGCCCGCAGGAGUGAGGAUGGGCCUGGCGACAAGAGUAAGGACCCAGACGAGCAGAAGCCGGGGCCCUCGGACCCAUCCCGGGCUGCCAAGUCAGGGAGCCGCGGCACCGAGCGAACUGUGGUCAUGGACAAGUCGAAAGGAGUGCCCGUGAUCAGCGUCAAGAUGUCAGCGUCCAAAGAGCGAGCCUCCAAAAGCCAAGACCGCAAGUCAGCCAGCAGGGAGAAGCGGUCCACCGUGUCCUUCGACAAGGUCAAGGAGUCUCGCAAGUCCAGGGACUCAGAGUCCCGCAGGGAGCGCGAGCGCAGUGAGCGGGAGCAGCGCCUGCAGGCUCAGUGGGAGCGCGAGGAGCGCGAGCGGCUCGAGUUCGCCCGCGAGCGGCUGGCCUUCCACCGGCACCGGCUGGAGCGGGAGCGCAUGGAGCGGGAGCGGCUGGAGCGCGAGCGCAUGCACGUGGAACAGGAGCGCCGGCGUGAGCAGGAGCGCAUCCACCGGGAGCGGGAGGAGCUGCGGCGGCAGCAGGAGCUGCGCUACGAGCAGGAGCGAAGGCCGGCCGGGCGGCGGCCCUACGACCUGGACGGCAGGCGUGACGACACCUACUGGCCGGAAGCCAAACGGGCUGCGCUGGACGAGCGCUACCACUCAGACUUCAACCGGCAGGACCGUUUCCAUGACUUUGACCACAGGGACCGGGGCCGCUACCCCAACCACUCGGUGGACAGGAGAGAAGGUUCGCGAUCCAUGAUGGGAGAACGAGAAGGCCAGCAUUACCCCGAGCGCCACGGAGGACCCGAGCGCCACGGCCGAGACUCCCGUGACGGCUGGGGCUACGGCUCAGACAAGAGGAUGAGCGAGGGCCGGGGACUGCCCCCGCCCCCAAGGGGCAGACGUGAGUGGGGGGACCACAGCCGGCGGCUGGAGGAUGAGCGGGCAUGGCAGGGUGCCCCCGACGGUGGCAUGGUGGACCGGGAUCACAAGCGGUGGCAAGGUGGAGAGAGAAGCAUGUCGGGCCACUCGGGGCCAGGCCACGUGAUGAGCCGGGGAGGCCUGUCAGGGCGGGGCAGCUUUGCGCCUGGUGGGGCCUCCCGCGGCCACGUGAUCCCGCGCGGUGGCAUGCAAGGUGGCUUCGGAGGACAGAGCCGGGGGAGCCGUCCCAGCGACGCCCGCUUCACCCGCCGCUACUGAGCCCCCGG